UAGCGCAGUCGGAAGCUGGAAGCGGGCACAGCCGAGGGCCCUCUACACCGCCGAUCUGGCUUUAGCGCGCAGCUGGAGCUGUGGUGGUCAGGUUGUAGAUGGAGGCGGCAGCCGAGUCUGGGGCCCGGACUUGGCCGGGCAGCGGUUCCCCACGUCUCGGCAGCCCUGCCGGCAGCCCUGUACUGGGCAUCUCAGGCCGCGCACGCCCGGGGUCAGCGCCAGAGCGGACCGGCAGAGCUAUUGGCCCUGCAGCGCCCGGCCACAGCUUCCGCAAGGUGACACUCACCAAGCCCACCUUUUGCCAUCUCUGCUCGGACUUCAUCUGGGGGCUAGCCGGCUUCCUGUGCGAUGUGUGCAACUUCAUGUCCCACGAGAAGUGCCUGAAGCAGGUGAAGACCCCGUGCGCAAGCAUUGCUCCAAGUCUAGUACGGGUCCCUGUAGCCCACUGCUUUGGCUCCCUUGGGCUCUACAAGCGCAAGUUCUGUGUGGUCUGCCGCAAGAGCCUGGAGGUACCUGCGCUCCGCUGUGAAGUGUGUGAGCUGCACGUUCACCCCGACUGUGUGCCCUUCGCCUGCAGCGACUGUCGUCAGUGUCACCAGGAUGGACAGCAGGAUUAUGACACAUAUCACCACCACUGGCGGGAGGGGAACCUGCCUUCUGGUGCACGGUGUGAGGUCUGUAGGAAGACUUGUGGUUCCUCAGAUGUGCUGGCUGGUGUACGCUGCGAGUGGUGUGGUGUGCAGGCCCACUCAGUGUGUUCCACAGCUCUCACACCUGAGUGUACAUUUGGGCGUCUACGCUCCAUGGUACUGCCUCCCUCGUGUGUGCGCCUGUUGUCCCGCAACUUCAGCAAGAUGCACUGCUUCCGUAUCCCUGAGGCCAUGACCCUGGAGCUUGGUGAUGGGGAUGAUGGCCUAGAUGGAAGUGCUGCCACAGGUGUAGGCAGAGAGGUGCCGACAGCUACAGAAUCCACCAAACAGACCCUGAAGAUCUUUGAUGGCAACGACUCCGUGAGGAGAAAUCAGUUUCGCCUGGUUACAGUUUCCCGCCUGGCUCAGAAUGAGGAGGUGAUGGAGGCAGCGCUCCGGGCCUACUAUAUCAACGAGGACCCUAGGGACUUCCAGCUGCAGGCACUGCCCCUAACCACACUCUCCGGCAAUGCCCAGGCCCUGGGGAAGGCUGGGACCACUGAGGAAGAGACUAGCAAAAGCCCUGGGCCCCGGGAUUCCAUGCCUGAGGCCUGGGUCAUCAGGUCUCUGCCUCGUGCCCAGGAGAUCCUGAAGAUCUACCCUGCCUGGCUCAAGGUGGGUGUGGCCUACGUGUCGAUCCGUGUGAACUCACAGAGUACAGCACGGUCUGUGGUUCAGGAGGUUCUCCCACUGCUUGGACGGCAGGUUGAGGAUCAGGAGAAAUUCCAGCUGAUUGAGGUGCUCAUGAGCAGCAGACAAGUCCAAAGGACAGUGCUGAUGGAUGAGGAACCUCUGCUAGACCGACUCUGGGACAUCCGACAGACAUCUGUGCGCCAGGUGAGCCAGACGCGGUUCUACGUGGCUGAGAGCAGGGCCAUGACCCCACAUGUCUCCCUGUUCGUGGGUGGCCUGCCACCUGGCUUGUCCCCCCAGGAUUACAGCAACCUGCUGCAUGAGGCCAUGGCCACCAAAGCUGCUGUGGUGUCUGUGAGUCACGUCUACUCCUUACAAGGUGCAGUAAUUCUGGAUGUCACCUGCUUCGCGGAGGCUGAGCGGCUAUACAUGCUGGCCAGAGACACAGCAGUGCAUGGGCGGCCCCUGACCGCACUAGUGCUUCCAGACGUGCUGCACACGAAGCUGCCUCCUGACUGCUGUCCCCUCCUCGUGUUUGUGAACCCAAAGAGCGGGGGCCUCAAAGGCCGAGAGCUGCUCUACAGUUUCCGGAAGCUACUGAAUCCACACCAGGUCUUUGAGCUGACCAACGGGGGCCCUCUUCCUGGGUUCCACCUUUUCUCUCAGGUGCCCUGUUUUCGGGUACUGGUGUGUGGUGGAGAUGGCACCGUGGGCUGGGUGCUCGCUGCCCUGGAGGAGACAAGGCGCCAUCUGGCCUGCCCAGAGCCAUCUGUGGCCAUCCUGCCCCUGGGUACAGGGAAUGACCUUGGCCGGGUCCUCCGUUGGGGGGCAGGCUAUAGUGGUGAGGAUCCGUUCUCUGUGCUGGUGUCUGUGGAUGAGGCUGAUGCUGUGCUCAUGGAUCGCUGGACAAUCCUGCUGGAUGCUCAUGAGACUGAUAGUACAGAGAACAGUGCGGUAGACACGGAGCCACCCAAGAUUGUUCAGAUGAAUAACUACUGUGGCAUUGGUAUCGAUGCGGAGCUCAGCCUAGAUUUCCACCAGGCACGUGAGGAGGAGCCUGGCAAAUUCACAAGCAGGUUCCACAACAAGGGUGUAUAUGUGCGGGUCGGGCUGCAGAAGAUCAGCCACUCUCGAAGCCUACACAAGGAGAUCCGGCUGCAGGUGGAACAGCAGGAGGUGGAGCUACCCAGCAUUGAGGGUCUCAUCUUUAUCAACAUCCCCAGCUGGGGCUCAGGGGCUGACCUCUGGGGCUCUGACAACGACUCAAGGUUUGAGAAGCCACGCAUAGACGACGGGCUGUUGGAGGUGGUGGGUGUUACGGGUGUCGUGCACAUGGGCCAAGUCCAGGGUGGGCUGCGCUCUGGAAUCCGCAUUGCCCAGGGCUCCUACUUCCGUGUUACACUCCUAAAGGCUACUCCAGUACAAGUGGAUGGUGAGCCCUGGGUUCAGGCCCCAGGGCACAUGAUCAUCUCCGCUACUGCCCCUAAGGUCCACAUGCUGAGGAAGGCCAAGCAGAAGCCCAGGAAGGCUGGCAACAUCAGGGAAACCCGAGUGGACACCUUGCCUGCUCCUGAGAGCAAUCCUUAAUAGAGGAGCCAAGAUGAAGGGUCUCAACUACCCAGCCCUCGUCUUUGGUUCUGUUCCAAUCACACAUUGGCUGGCCAACAGAUGGACUUAGCUAUACCACUGACCAUAACAUCUUCAUGGGUCUUAGGAUGUUACCAUACCUCAUCCCUAUUCAAUGUCAUGUGUAAACCUAGCAGUGGGUAAGUAUUGGCCACUGCUCUUUCUGCCACAGUACUGGUCUAUAUGACAUGGGCAUGGGGCUCUGGCUAGCCUGUCUUCUGCACACGACUGGUCCUUAUAGGAUCAGUGAAGCUGGACCUGUUAGUCACACCCCUUCCUUUAAAACCUCUCUUAGAGCCCGUUGAGCCCAACACUUUUGGAUGCAGGCCAUCCAGGUAGGCCCUCUGAUCUUAUUUUGUGUUCUUUCAAAGCAGCUAGCCCUGUUAGGCCCUGGCCUGGCAGAUACAGAAUGCUGCUUGUUCCUCCUGCCCCCAUCGGGUGGGUGUGGCAUCCUCAAGUCCUCUGGGCUCAUCACCAGACAGCAGUUUGGGCUGAAGAUAUUAGUUGCAAGGUCUCAUCCAGCUGGUGGCUCUGAGCUGAAAAGCUAUACCUAGGGAGGGGAGGCUAGUAAAGUUCAGGUGUCACCCAUGUGUCACAGCUGGAGUGUGAGCCAGGGCCUGAGUGUCCCUCCUCAGCCCUCAAGUGGGCACCUAGUGCCAAGAAGGGACCAGAACAGGGCCAGGUGGAACCUGGUUGAGGAAUGUGUAAAUAACAUCUGUUGUUGUGGAGUGGCUAAAGCUCCCUUAGACUCAACUUAUAGCACUUUAUAUACAUGCUGUUUGCCAGCCUGCAGCCCUUCCUUGUAGAUGUAGAGCUGCUACUCUGGCUCCUACAAACCAAGGUAGCUGUGAUGGCCAGACCUUGCUGGGGGCAUCAGGUUCACAGAAUAAGACAAAGCUGUCUCUUCCAUGCACCCAAGAAUUCAAUUGUCACACCUCAGACCCCAAAGGAGUACACCCCAGAAUGAGCUGUCUAGCUAAGCCUGGUGGUGCAUGUCUGUAAUUCAUUUUUUUUGGAACUAAAGCAAGAGAAUAGCAUGCUCAAGAACUGACUGGGCUGUAGAAUUAAAACCCCUCCCCAAAAGUAAAAAGAUGGGGGAAAUGGGGGCCAAAGAUGUCAGUGGGCCAGCCCCAGAUGGGGAAGGACCUAUGUGGGAAGCAGUCUCUGAUGCUAACCCCCACAAACAAGUAAAUAGGUCUAGAUCCCAGGAGAUUUACCUGGCUGGCAGCUUCAUAGGCCCACUAUGCCAUACCCUCACCUGCUUUUGCCAAAAGUGCAUACAAGUGCAUCAGAUAGCCAUUUGUGUUCUCAGUAUAGAUGUUCCUCAUGUUUACAUCAUUUUCCACGUUCAAAAGAAAUUGUGAUGUAGUUUUUCACUUUUAUUUCAAUCUAUAGGAAUUGUUUGUAAAUUAAGGUCAGUGUAGCAUGUCCUCUGUAUUAGGUGAGACUGUCACUUUGUGGAGUGUGUCCUGUCUCUGUGUGUAAUUUAUCACUACCUGAAUGUGAUCUAACUUAUAUCUGGGCCAAAUACAUUGUGGGCUUUGCUGUCCCGUA